AUGAAGCUGUACACUGUGGACAUCACACUCCUCUUGCUCGGUCUCCUUGCUCUCGCUCUCGUUGCGCACGCUGCGGAGGGCCUCGAACAGCAGAUCUCGGGUGAAGGUCGGUGCUGUGAUGAACGUGAUCAGAAAGAGGUUGAAGCCGACUACUACUGGAAGUGCUUCAAGGUGUGCCACCCUCACAGGGACUCGACCACCACCGCGGAGCAUCCCUGCACCACUACGCCCGACCACGAGAAGCCGCCGUGCACCACCACCGAGGCCCACAGGACUACCACGGCCAGCUCGGGGAGCGGUCAGUGUGCCAACGGCCAGUGGCAAGAUCGGAACGGGUGCUGCCCGCGUAAGAUCGCCCACACGUUCUUCUACCCGGACGGCCACGGCUGCUACCCGAUCGCGACCGAGGCCGGCGUCAAGUACGCCGAUGGACAGGGCGUCCUGCCCGACCGGCUCGGCGAAUACCUCAAGGCCGGCGAGCCGUGCCCUGAGGACCGCAAGUGUAAGAAGGAGUGCGACAGGGUGUGA